GCCCACAGUGUCACUCAUCGUGCCACUGAAGAACAUGAUAGAACAAAACAUGGCACCAAAUGACAGUGAUUCCCCUACUGUGGCCGACACAAAGAGAGCAAUUCUCAGCAAUAUUUCAGGCAGAUACAGUGGGGAUGUAUACAACUACCUGCUGGAGAGCACUGCGCUGGACCCAAGAUUCCAGUCUCUACAGCAGCUAGACUGCAAUCAGCGUGAGGCAGUCUUUCAGAGGAUACAGAAAAGGGUGGAACAGUUGCAGCAAAACCAGCCCACAGAUGAGAAGAGUAUGGAGCGCAAGGAAGAGGCAUCAGUUCAUUGUUCCACACAUGGGGGCGAGGGGGCUCUUGAAGCUGAAGGCAGAGCUGAGUCAGAAGAGGAACCUGCUUCCAAGAAGACAGCACUUGAGGAUCUGCUAGGGGACUCUUUCUCGAAGACAGAACAGCCCAGCAAAGGAAUUGAGAGGGAAACUGAACUUUACAGAAGAGAGGCAUCUAUCCCACUUAGUUGCUGCCCUCUGACAUGGUGGAGAGAAACAGCUCCAAAUAUCCUUUGCUGUCUCCACUUGUCAAAGAAUAUCUUUCCAUUCCUGCGACCUCUGUUCCAAGUGAGCGUGUUUUUCAACUGCAGGAGACAUAGUCACUGCCCAGAGGUCACAAUUGCUGCCAGAAAAUGUAGACAUGCUUAUAUUCUUAAAAAAGAACAUGACCAUAUCUUAGGCUGUUCUGUAUAG